AUGAAACAAACCAUGGAUAGCACCACCAUUACCGGACUGGUAGAACCUGCUCCACGUGGACGCCUCCUACAGGGUCGAUUGAAUCGUGCCAUAACCGAGGAGGUGAGGGAGAAACUCCGUGAGCAAAUCUCAAAGUUGAAUCAAACCUUUGCUGUUAUUCGUGUGGGCGGGCAUUUGUCCUUGCAGAUCAGCGGGUCCAAAGAUCGUGUGAUUGAUGCGCUUAAUGCUUCUCGUAAUGCCUUGGCAGAGGGAAUUGUUGCAAGUGGUGGAACCGCUCUUCUUCAUGCCUCCAAGGAACUGGAUAAGAUUCUUCAAGCUGACGAGGAAAUGGAGCAGGAUCAGCGUACAGGCAUCAUUAUUAUGCGAAAUGCGGCACGUCUCCCGAUGAAACGUAUCAGCGAAAACGCAGGUGAAGAGGGUGCUGUCACUGUGGAGAAUGUUGCAGAGUAUAAUGACUGUUGUAUGGGCUAUGAUGCUCAAAAUGCUCGGUACGUUGACAUGUUUGAGGAAGGCAUUAUUGACCCUGCCAAAGUAGUCUCAUCAUGUGUGGUUGAUGCGGCCUCGGUGGCCGGUUUGAUGAUUACUACAGAGGCCAGUGUAUGUGA